CUCACAUGGUCCACGCCACCAACUCACACAUUUUGUGCAUUACUAGCUACAACUUUACGUGACCAUAAUUGUGAACCGCCACCACCAUGGUUGGUCUGUCCACUACUUCUAGAACUCCAACGGGUCGUGAAUGUUGUACGGCUCCUACGCAGGUGACGGCGAGUUUCUCCGAUAUGGUUUUCGGGUUCUUGGAAGAGGGUGAAGGGCUGCCGGAAAGCCUUAGCAGUGAUGAAGGGUGCAGGGAAAUUGAAGACUUAGAUGAGGAUGAUGAGAAAGAGAAAGAUAAUGAUGGAAAUGUGGAGGAGGAUAAGAGUUUUUGGAAGAACCAGCACCAACUUUUGAAGGCUAGCUUAAGCAGGAGUAACUCUCUGGAAUCAAGGAUUAGGAGUGCCAUAAAAGAAGCACUAAAGGAAAUACGAAUUGCGGAUACAGUCUGUGCUUGUGGCAGACCCUUGGCAAGCGGUUGCCGGAAAUGCCUGAUGGGAGAAGUUUCCGGCCGCCUCCGAAAUGCUGGCUACGACAGUGCCAUUUGCAAGUCAAAGUGGAGAAGCUCCCCAAAUAUUCCUUCAGGGGAGCACAGCUUUUUGGAUGUGAUAGAAAAUUCAAGUUCAAAGAAAGGAGAGGUGAGGAGGAUAAUAAUUGAGUUGAACUUCCGGGCAGAGUUUGAGAUGGCAAGAGCAAACGAAGACUACAACCAGCUAGUACGGCGGCUUCCCGAAGUAUUCGUCGGAAAAGUAGAAAGAUUGAGUGCCCUGAUCAAGAUUCUUUGCUCGGCGGCCAAGAAGUGCAUGAAGGAAAAGAAAAUGCACAUGGGGCCAUGGAGGAAGCAGAGGUACAUGCACGCCAAAUGGCUUGGUGCGUGUGAAAGGACGACAUCCUCACCACUCUUGCCAAUGGGUUGUUCUGGCCGGCUGCCAAAGCCGAAGGCUUCCAUGCUAACGGUGGAUUUGCUAGAGAAGCUGCCUAAUGUGCAUUGUACAGCAGUUGAAGUUGUGUGAGUGAAACAUAGAAUCUGUUCUUAAUACGGUCAAGUGAUCAGCAACAUCUUGAAAGUUGACUAUAUUUGUAUGAAAAAUGCUAGAGUUCUUUUUAAAAAAAAAUUGGAGUCUUUCUAUACUGA